UCCAGGUUCCGACGCGCCCCUUCAAACGGCGGCGGGGCCGAUGCAGCCUGCGGGUUCCUUGCUGCGGCUCCUUUUCCUCCUCUCGCUGGCCAAGGCGAGCGGGGCGGCUGCGGGAGCAGAUAAAAACUGUAGCCAUUUGAAGGAAAUGGACGUCAUCCAAAAACCAGUUGCAGAUUGUUACUGUUAUAUGCAAAAUGGAACAAUGAACUUAAAAUAUAUUUGGUCAGCUCUUCAGGUGAAAAUUAACAGCACAGAAAUGUUCAAGUACGUGCCUAUCUCGGCUGAAAGCAAUUGUCAUAAUUCAGAAACUAUUUUUGCAUUUUUCAAGUGUGUUGUUCAAAUCGUUUGGCAAUCAGAGGCAUCUAAAGAAACUGUCAUAAACAUAAACCAAUAUGGAGAGAAUGUGUGUUUCACAGUCCAACCCUACAAGAAAGUACCCUACACCGUGAGUGUACAACGAAACAUGGUGGAUAGGAAACUCAUCCUUUUGUUCGUAGCUGGUGUUUUUCUGUUUCAUUUUGCAAACGCCUUGAGUAGGAGUGCUGUGUUCUAUUACUCUGCUGGAGUGGCACUGGGUGUUCUUGCUACGCUAGUCUUUCUCCUGCUGACACUUAAAAGAUUUAUUCCAAAGCACAGCACCUUUGGGAUUUUAAUGAGUGGCUGCUGGAUGUCCUCUCUCUACUUUAUUUACUGUUUGCAAGGGGAAAUGAAGUGGCUGUGGUCUGACUAUAGAAACUACUUACUGGGAUAUUUUCUGACUGUUGGAUUUAUCAGCUUUGUGGUUUGUUACAAGCAUGGACCACUUACCAAUGAGCGAAGCAUAACCCUCUUGACGUGGACAUUACAAUUAAUAGCCUUUGUCUUGAUUUAUUUUGGUGUCACCAUCCCACAGGUUGCAUAUGCAGUAAUAGCUAUCAUCCUCUGUUCAAAAGGCCUGUGCUAUCCCCUUGGCAUGGUCUCUUUUGUGGGCAGAAAAGUCAAGAAUUUUUUUAAAUCAAAAAAACUAGUGUUUCAGCUUCUUACUGAAGAGGAAUUCAGGGAGCAGGGGGAAACAGAGACUGUGAAAGCCUUGGAGGAGCUACGCUCAUUCUGCAGGAGUCCAGAUUUCUCAUCCUGGUUAGCCGUGUCCAAACUGGAGUCUCCUAAAAAAUUUGCAAACUUUAUUUUGGGAUCUCCCCACGUGUCACCUGCAGAAGUGAACGCAUAUGAUGAGCUAUAUGGCAUUGGAGGCUCCUUCUUGGAACAGCAGCUCUUUAGCAUAGAGCCAGAGUCAGAGCAGAACCGACUAGCUAGUUCCAUUCAGGAGGAUGAUUAUGAAGAUGAUGAUGAAAUGCAGGAACAAAACGAAAGUAAAAAUGUUUCACACUCCAACAGUAUUGGAUUAUUCUGAACCAUUUGGAAAAUCCCUUGUAAGGGAAGAAAAUGAAAUCAAGUUGGAAAGGAAGACUUCCUGGCCUAAAUACGUGCUGUCUCAGAGAGCCCUACUUCUGACUUGGGGGUAGAGGGAAACCAAAAUUCUUUGAAGGAUUUAUUCCCGCUUCACUGUUCAAAACAGUAGUAAGUCGCUUGGUUUCUUAAGUGAAUGUUACGCUCAUGUAGUUGGUAUUUUGUUACCUCCCCUAUUUAUUUGCAGGGCAGAUACCAGGCAGCUGCAGUGCAAACUUGCCCCACCACUGUGCCUCAAAUCCCUUGAAGAGACUGUUCUCUGUCCAUGCCCUCAGUGCUGGGAGCGCCAGAUGAAGAGGAAGUCAUUUAUGAUGCACUUUUGCUAAGUGCUCUAUCUGCUAAUAAAUUCCUUUGAACUCCUUU